CGUAGCAGUGGUUUUUGUGGCAUUUUAUUGGCUUUGCGCAGUAAACGUAAUCGCUCCACCAUUUAGUUUUUUAUCGUGUGUUUUGUAGUAGGACCCUGUUGUCUAGCCAGUGUGGGUCUUUGGUUUGUACCGUCGGCGGUGUGUCUGAAUAAAGCAAAAAUAAAAAAAAUAAAAAUAAAAAGCAAAACAAAGGAAGAAGCUGAAUUUCUCCCCAUUUACACUCCAAUUCGCUAAGUGGCAGUGCAGCUCAACGCGGGUGUAAGGGAACUCUUCCUCACGUGUUUUGAAUUGCUUCCUCUCUGAAAAUGUGACAAAGCAAAGAGCGAUUGAAAGCUUUCAAUUUUAGACUGAGGCGAAAGUGGCUGCGCGUCGGGUGUCUUAAUUUUGGAAUUGGUUGGCCGAUACACCGAGCGCCAGUCGAGCGGAAGCGGAAGUCGCGAAGCAGACGAAGGCGGACGUUUGCUCCAGCGUCAAAAUGGCGAACAGGACGGUGAAAGACGCCAACAGCAUCCACGGGACGAACCCGCAGUACUUGGUGGAGAAGAUCAUCCGAACUCGCAUUUACGAGUGCAAGUACUGGAAGGAGGAAUGCUUCGGGCUAACCGCCGAGCUGGUGGUCGACAAGGCCAUGGAGCUCAAGUACGUUGGCGGCGUGUUCGGGGGCAACAUCAAGCCCACGCCGUUCUUGUGCCUCGCGCUGAAGUUGUUGCAGAUUCAACCCGAGAAGGACAUAAUCGUUGAGUUCAUCAAGAACGAGGACUUCAAGUACGUGCGCUUGCUCGGCGCCAUGUACAUGCGCCUCACUGGCACCGCGGUCGACUGCUACAAGUACCUGGAGCCGCUUUACAACGAUUACAGGAAAAUCAAGACCCAGAACCGUAACGGCGAGUUUGAGUUGAUGCAUGUGGACGAGUUCAUCCACGAGCUGCUGCACUCGGAGAGAAUAUGUGACAUCAUCCUGCCACGGCUGCAGAAGCGUCAAGUCCUAGAGGAGGCCGAGAUGCUGGAGCCACGCAUCAGCGCUUUGGAGGAAGACCUGGAUGAGGACCUGGACGAGGUGGAGAGCAGCAGCGACGAGGACGACGCCGGUGGCGGCGGGGGUGGUGAGCGGCUCGAUGGGUUGCCCGGACCCGAGCCACACAGGCGAGCCCGCCGUGAUGAGAGGCCGCGACACUCGCCCUCGCCCCGGCGCCGCCGCAGUCGCUCGCCCCGGCGCAGGAGCCGCUCGCCCAAGCCCCGCCGGAGCCCAGAAGCUCGCAGAGAACGCCGCCGCGGCAGCAAAAGCCCACGCCGCCACCGGGAGCGCAGACGCCGUUCCAAGUCGCCGGCGGCCCACCGCAGGAGCCACCGGCGCCGUAGCCACUCCAAGAGCCCCGAAAAGAGCGCAAAGAAAAGUCGUAAGAAGAGUCGCAGGGGCGACCAGUGAUCCCCGCAAAUCAUCUUUUUUUUCCCCCUUCCUACAUUCACUUUGUACUGACUGUGGAUUAUUCAAGUCAUUACUUUUGGACACCUUGGCCGAGUGUGUACAUUCUGUCAUUGAUAAGAAAAGAGGGAAUGGGGAGGGUCAUUGCGGAUUUACUUUUUUGUAUUGGGAAGUCAGUGCACUGUGAUACCAUUGCAAAAACCGUUUGAAGGGGAGACAUCAUUCGAGUCAUGGCUUCUCCACUUGUGUAUGGGGUGCAUGGCCACUCACCCGUCGUUUUGCUUCUUGACCCAUGGGAAAGGCUACCAGUUGGAUGCGCACUUCGGAAAGAACAUUUGUCCAAAUCACCUUUUUAGUUAUUCCUGGGAAGAGCCUGCUCGUGCUAAUGUUUCUUUCAAUAAAUAGCAAGAGGCAGCUCUUUAUUUUAAUUUGUGACUUUUUAGUUCAUUGUCAUAUUCAUUUAAAAAGUACAAUGUACAUUUCAAUGAAAACUGUUGUGGCCUGGCACUCUCUCGACCCAAUGUCUUGACUUAAAAGCACACACACCAUUUUUUAUUUUCAAGUGAAGACUUCUGCAGCAUUAUAUUCUUAAUAAAUCUAGUGAGCCAUUUUCAAAAGGGGCUGAUGGACUACUCUUGUGCUCCCUGGUCUUUGCUUUUACUUUGGAAAACAAUAAACAACAUUUUUGCUUGUUUUCUGGCAUGUGAAGGGCCUAAACAGGAACUGAAUCAGUAAUUUCGAUAAGUGUAUUUUCUUUCUUGCUCUUCAACUUAAGAGUCCCAAAGGGCUUCAGGUGACAGUGACAUCCCCUGAAAUACCUCCCCAAGCCCCAGGAGUGAAAGAGGAAACCAUUUUCUGACUGAAUGAGAAACCUUGUUACUUCGAAAGCAUGUCAUGAUUUGUAAUAAAGAAAUGGAAAU